AUAUACACAGAGACCCAGGCACAGACUCAGAAGCUAGGAUAACACAGAGACCCAGGCACAGACUCAGAAGCUAGGAUAACACAGAGACCCAGGCACAGAGCUGAAAUGGGAGACCUACCGAUCCAGAUGAAGGACCAGCGGUCGUGGCUCCACCAGCCAGCCAGCGUGCACCAGGACGGGAUAACAGUAGAGGGGCUCAUUCGUCGGUCCCUGGAGGCCAAGGAGUUCGCCUACUGCCCCUACAGCCGGUUCAGGGUGGGGGCAGCCCUCCUGGCCCACGACGGCAAGGUGUUCACAGGCUGCAAUGUGGAGAAUGCGUGUUACAACCUGGGGGUGUGUGCAGAGAGGAACACCAUCUGUAAAGCAGUGUCAGAGGGUUACAGGAGCUUCAAGGCCAUCGCUAUCGCCAGUGACUUAAUCGACCAAUUCAUCUCACCAUGCGGUGGCUGCAGACAGUUCAUGAGAGAGUUUGGGGCCAGCUGGGACGUGUAUCUGUCCAAGCCAGACGGCUCGUACGUAGAGAAGAACAUAAGCGAUCUGCUUCCUGUCUCCUUCGGACCUGAAGACCUGUCCAUGAAGAAAGUCUUAAAGAUCCCCAACCAGUAUUAACCUGUUAAUCUCCUACCUGUUAACCUAUUACCUGUACACAGCCUGUUCUAACUCCCACUGUUUCAUAUUUAACCCUACUAGGAAACAUAAAGCAUUGGUGCUUUUAUAAAUCAGGAGAGAGAAGUAGUUUAAAGCCACUGUUAUGUUAUAAAUUAUCAAUAUAUAUUUUAGAAGUAAUAUAUGUGUCUGGAAAUCUAUUGGAGGGCUGCGACACCAUUCUUCCACGAGAAAGUCCAUAAUUUGGUGUUUUGUUGAUGGUGGUGGAAAACGCCACUCCAGAAUCUCCAAUAAGUGUUGAAUUGUGUUGAGAUCGGGAGACUAUGGCUKCGUUUACACUUUUUUUGCCACUAAUUGGUAUUUUUGACCAAUCACAUCAGAUCUUUUCACAUCACAUAUUUUUAAGAU